UUUAAACCUUGGAUCUUGUGUUGUAAACUAAGUGAACGAUGGGUUCUUGGGUCCCAUUAAGACAAGGAACCGUGGUUCGCCAAUUCUACAACACAAAGUUUGGAGUUUGAACUGCCAAUCGAGCUAACUAGAGCUACAGCAGUCUAGUUGGUAGACCCACUGUAUCGGACUCCAUCAAAAACGUGGAACCGUUCCGUAAGACCUGGAAGCGAGCGCAAAAAAAUCAACUGGUUUACACAAGCUGGUAAAAAUAUAUUGGAUAUUAGCACUGAGGAUUUGCGGGUUAUAUCAGUUAUUACGUUACUCACGUAUGUCAUCUGCAUCGGAGUUUGAUCCAGUAUCUGAGUUCCUUGCACGGGAGCAGGAAGCUCUUGGUGAUUUAGGUGAUGACUUUAGAAUAGAUGAAAGCCGUACAGAUAUCAGAGAUCAGCCCUGUGAACCAACUUCAGAUGCUAGUUAUGUCUUUCUAAAUGGGGAAUUCAAAAUGAAUGGAUCACAUAAUGAACAACAUAUUUCAUCCGAUCCUGAUUGUGCGAUUAGCGAUUAUAAUCGUGACUACAAUAUGACCAGGUCUUAUACCAAUUCAAUCGGUACUGAAUCUUGGCGUGAUGAAUUCAACAAGCGAAUAAAAGCUAAAGAUGCAGAAGAAGAGAAGAAAUGUGUGGAACUCAUGGAAAAUGGGAAGAAGGAGUUAAACGAUUGGUACAAGAAUUAUCAUCAACAAUUGGAGACAAGAUCACGUGAAUUACGUGAAAAGAAAAGUGAGCCUAAUGGUUUAAAUGGUCAAUUUGUAAAUGGUGAAAGUAAACCAUCUGUGAAAGACUCAGCCGUUUGGGAGAGUAUUUGUAAUUUGUGUGAUUUUCAGUCAAAGCAGAAGAUUGCAACUGAUAUGUCAAGAAUGCGUGGUAUUCUACUAUCUCUUAAACCGACCCCUUAAUACUGUGACAAGAAGAUUCUCUCUCUCUCUUGUAUGCCUACUUCAAAUUUCCACCCUCAAAGUAACAUAUGUUUUACUGCCACUGGAGUGCCUUGACAUUCAUCUUGAUUUUCAUUUGUUAUCUUUGUGUGUGUGUCUGUCAUCCGCAUGAUGUAAACUCAUUUCGUUGACGAUAUCCUCUAUGUUUUGAUGCUCACAUAUGUGUGAUUUAUGUAGGUACAUUUUAAUCUGCAUAUAUGCUAGGUUUUAUCUAUUUUAGGGUUAUAUGCAUGCUCAAUUGUUUGGUUGUACAACUUUAUUAUUUUUGAUAUGCCUUUUUUGGCCUCAGGUGGUGUAUUUUUCAUCAGUUGUUCGUUUGUGUUGUGUUUCUCUAAUUCACUUUUCAAAUCUGGAAACUGUAAUUACAAGGUGUUUUUAUUUUGUUUCGUCAGUGGAUUAAUCUGCUCGCUAGUUUGUUCUAAAAAAGAAAUAUCUCGUGUAUGUGUGUAUGUGCGUGUUGCAUGUGUAUAUGCUAUGCUUUCAGACGAUUUGUAUUUUGGGGAAUAAAUACUUUGAUUUGU